UCUGCCAUGCUUGGAUUUCAUGCCAAACAAUCUGGCAUCCUUCGGGUCAAUCUCCCUCGCACGCGACGAAUUCACGAGCCACAAGGUAGCAUGCGUCGAUGCGUGGCGCCAAGCGACCAAGUGCCGCGCUGUAUCCUCGUCAGCACCUGUCGGCGAGGCGUCGAUGGCAUCACAGCGAUGAGCAUUGACGACAGAUUUUCUCGGAAGAAUGACCUGAAGCCUACGAUAGACGGAGGCGGAGCUACGGGAUGGACGGAUGCUAAGGUGCGGAAGCCAGGCUUCAACCGCCAUGGACGCUGAGCCUGGAGCAUGCGGCAUCAGAGCGUCUGGGGGGAGGCGACAUCACAUCUUAUGCCUUGGACGUCCUCCGGGAAGCAGCUGACGCGUCCGUGGAGAGGCUUGUCAUUCGCCAGUGCGGACUGCUGCUGCCUCGCGUAUCCAUAGGCUCCCCCUCUCUGCUGUUCAUCCAGCAAGGGUCGGGUGUGGUGGAGCUGAUAGAUGACAACGGCCAGACACCUGCUGACGUGUCACCAAUCACUGUGAACGGUGGGGAUGCGGCGGUGAUUCCCAAGGGGUGGACGUACAGCGUUGGGAAUUACCUUAACGAAUCUCCAGAGCUCAUCAUCACAGCCGUCAGAUUCAGCCACCACAAGCAGAAAUCGUACCUCGCAGGCAGCAGGCCCCACUCGGUGCUGGCUGGCUUCAGCCUGCACAUUCUGGAGACGGCGUUCAACCAGCAGCACGACGUGGUCAGGGCCCUCCUGCGCCAGGCCACUGGGGGAGGGAUCAUUGUGUCCCACUGCGUUCCACCCUCGCCUCCCACGCCUGCUGCAGAGGAGAAUUCACCAGGGGAGAGUGCGGCAGGGGAGGGUGCGGCAGGGGGGGAAGCGGCGGGGGAUUGGGAGGAAAUAGGAACGGGUAGGGGGGUUGCUGGGAUGAGGAUGGGUUUGGCUGAGGGCGAAGUGGAGGUCGGGGAAGAGAGCAAGAAGGGUAAGGGAGGGAAGAAGGAGAUGAAGGGGAAGAAGGAGAAGGGGAAGAAGGAGAAGGGGAAGAAGGAGAAGGGGAAGAAGGAGAAGGGGAAGAAGGAGAAGGGGAAGAAGGAGAAGGGGAAGAAGGAGAAGGGAAAGAAGGAGAAGAAGAAGAAAACGGUUCAUCUGGUGGACCAUGUGGCAGCCAGGCAGCCAGCAAUCGCCACGGCGGGGGGCAGCAUGGUCCGUGUGUCGUACCGAGACUUCAAGGCGCUCAGGCUGGCAGGCAUUGUGGGGGAGAUCGUGCUGCUCACGCUCUACCCGCAUGCAGUGGUGGCGCCUCACAUCCAUGGCAAUGCUGCAGUGGUCUUCACUGUGCUCAAGGGCUCCGGCCACUUUGAGUCUGUGCAUCCCAACGGCACGGCGGCCGCCAGCGACAUUGUGCAGACAGGUCAUGUGGGCGUGGUCCCCACGGGGUAUGCGCACGCCCUGCAGGCAGGAGAGCAGGGAGUGCAGAUUCUGGGCAUACGGAUGGGUUCCUAUCAUCCAUCCAUCAAGUUCCUUGCAGGGAGCAAGAGUGUGUACAAGGCGAUGAGGCUGGCACUUGGUGCUGAAGCUUUCAACAUCACCGAAGAGGACUUUUAUAACUUCUUCCGUGCUCAGGAUAGCCCUGGGAUAGUUCCUUGGAAGGGCCCCACUCCGGGGAUUGCUGUUGGGUAGUGUUCAGCGUUAGUGUGGUUGGUCUUGGAGAGUCUUGGUAGGGUGCUUUGGUUUGGUUUCAAGCUUGUGGUUUGGAUACCCAGUGCACUUACUCAGGUCCUUAGCUGUGUGUCAGGAAAUGCCGACCAUUCGCUUGUUUUGUCAACCUCCACACUCAUUUUGCAGUCCUUGAACAUGGGGAAGAACAUGGAGUUUAGCUU